UCUUUAUUCUAUACUUCCUGCCAUUUAGUGUGUAAAUUUUGAAAUAUUUACCUAGCAAUCUUGACUAAGAAAUGUGAUAAUUGAUAAUACAUGGUACUGUUAUCUAAGUGAAAUACAAUGCUAUAUAUUUAGGAAUCUACAGAGAAAUAAAGGUAAACUUUAAAGUCAAUGACUUUUGCGGUUUUACAGAUCCUCUAACACAACUUAGUCUCCAGGUCUCACCUUCAUCAUUUUUCUCAUUUCCUUUUGGUCUAAUUAAUCAAAAUCCUUGCUAGAAUGUUCAUUUCUCGCCAGUAUGUCUUCCUGAACAUGAAUAAGAAAUAAAAUACCAUUUAAUGUUUGAAAUUAUGGGAGUAAUCUCAAUGACGAAAAUAGAUAACCAGGAAAAGAAGAGAAUGCCCAAUUCAAUAUAUUCAUAAAGAUGUCAAAGGUUUAUAAAGCCAGCAUCUGGGAACCAGAAAGCUGCAGGACUUCCAGAUCUCCCGUGGUGAAGUGUGUUUCCUGCAAUGGUCACCACCAUGGGCAGCAAAGGAUCGCCGCUGAAAGGGUCCCUUCUGCUGCUGCUUCUGAUACUGCUGUCAAACCUUCUCCUGUGCAAGAGUGUGGCCUCCCUGCCCAUCUGUCCUGGUGGGGCUGCCAACUGCCAGGUGUCCCUUCGAGACCUGUUUGACCGCGCUGUCAUCCUGUCCCACUACAUCCAUAACCUGUCCUCAGAGAUGUUCAACGAAUUUGAUAAACGGUAUGCCCAGGGUCGGGGGUUCAUUACCAAGGCCAUCAACAGCUGCCACACUUCUUCCCUCUCUACCCCUGAAGACAAAGAGCAAGCCCAACAGAUCCAUCAUGAGGACCUUCUGAACCUGGUACUCAGAGUGCUGCGCUCCUGGAACGACCCUCUGUAUCAUCUAGUCACGGAAGUGCGUGGCAUGCAAGAAGCCCCGGAUGCUAUCCUCUCCAGAGCUAUAGAGAUUGAGGAACAAAACAAACGCCUUCUGGAGGGCAUGGAGAAGAUAGUUGGCCAGGUUCAUCCCGGAAUCAGAGAAAAUGAGGUCUACUCUGUCUGGUCAGGACUUCCAGCCUUGCAGAUGGCUGAUGAAGACUCUCGCCUUUUUGCUUUUUAUAACCUUCUCCACUGCCUACGCAGGGAUUCACAUAAGAUUGACAACUAUCUCAAGCUCCUGAAGUGCAGGAUCAUCUACGACAGCAACUGCUAAGCCCAUGCCCACUCCCUCUGUUGCUGAGAUGGUUUUCAAUGAUCCAUCCCAUAGCAAGCUUCUUUUAGUUUUAUUGCUUUAUAAUGCAUGCUUGUGUGUAAUGGGUCUCCUCUUAAAAAAAUAAAAACUUAACUUGUUAGAGAUGUUAAAAUCUAAAA